GACCCUUGUCCUUGCUCUGGUGACAUUGAUCGCUGCCUUUGGAUCAUCUUUCCAGUAUGGAUACAACGUUUCGGUGAUCAAUUCUCCAUAUCUGCUCAUGCAGGAUUUUUACAAUGAAACCUACAUGGAAAGGAAUGGGAAAUACAUGGACGAAGACUUAAUGACCCUCCUCUGGUCUCUCACGGUGUCGUUCUUCCCACUCGGCGGCUUCUUCGGGUCACUUUUGGUGGGACCCAUGGUGAACAAGUUUGGCAGGAAAGGCACCUUACUGAUCAACAAUAUCUUCUCCAUCAUUCCUGCCAUCCUCAUGGGAAGUGCCCGGGUGGCAAAGACCUUUGAGGUGAUCAUUGCUUGCCGCAUCAUCAUUGGUAUAUGCGCCGGCCUCUCUUCCAAUGUUGUUCCCAUGUAUCUUGGAGAGAUGUCUCCUAAAAAUCUAAGGGGAGCCUCAGGAGUGGUUCCCCAGCUCUUCAUCACCAUCGGGAUCCUGGUCGCCCAGAUUUUGGGUAUGCGGAUGAUCCUGGGAAACUUCGAAGGCUGGCCAAUACUGUUGGGUCUCACUGGGGUGCCAGCCGCACUGCAACUUGUCCUGCUCCCAUUUUUCCCGGAGAGUCCCCGAUAUCUGCUGAUCCAGAAAGGAGACGAAGCCGGUGCCAGGAAAGAGCCUACGUUCUCCAAACUAAACCCUUGA